AUGGGAACUUUAGAAGGAGACUCAGGCUUUUUCCAAAUGAUUGAAAACUCUAUUAAAUAUUUCGACCCAGAACAGCACAAAGAUGACCAAAAUAAGCGAGUAGCGCCACCAGAGAAUUCUAAAGCAGAAAUUGAAAGACUUAAAAAAGAAAUCAUAGACUUGACGAAAUCAAUAGAAGAUAUUAUUGAAGAUAAGCGAAAAAUAGAAAGUGACUGCGCAUUUUUAAAAAACCUGUUUUCACGGUUUGAGGCAGUUGAGAAGCAGUAUAAAGAAAAAACGAAUUUGCUCGAGGGAAGACUUAAUGAGAAAAAUCAAGAAAUUGAACAAUUGAGGGAAAAAGUGACAAAAAUAAGGCAGGAUGAGCAAAAUGAAGAGAUUGCAAUAAGGAGAAUUAAUUCAAGACAGGGCGCUGAUAGCUUUGAUGCAAGCUUAAAUGAAAUUAUAGUGAAUUCGCCGCUUUCAUUGAAACGCUAUAAGUCCAUGGAGAAGUUGCAGACUAGUGUGAAGGAGAAAGAAAUAAAUCUUGAAAAAGCGCUUGCAAGAAUAUCGAAACUGGAUCAAGAACUUUAUGCUAAAAAUAUGCAAAUCGAAGAAAUCAAUAACAAAAUGAAGAUGGAAAGCAGGGAGAAAAAGAGGCUGAUACUUCAAAACAAGCAUUUAUUUGAUGAACAGCAUCGAUUAGGAAUUAAAGGCGAUUCAGAGACUUCUCAGGAAAAAGCAAAAAAAGCACUGUUUAGAUCAAGGACAGUUGCUACAAGAAAAUAA